CCCUGGGCAACACCCUUUAAGGAGGUGACUGAUAAAAAGGGACAGCAGAAGGAACUUCCUUAAAUCAUACUCAACGCGCUACCCAUACCCUGCUUUGACUUAAACACUUCUGGUAAAGAAUAUCAGAUCCUUUAUCAAGUAAAAGGAAAUUGGAAGGAGAAAUGCCACCCAUGUGAUCUAUCACCCAAAGAAAAACUGAGCGACUUGCCGUUAUUUUGGAGACAGCAAGAAAAGAACAUCUCAGAAGUGGGGCCUCAUCCUUUGAUUUUUAACACCAGAGAAAAAGAGGAAUUGUUCUUCAACAAGUUGCGAAAUAAAUCCACAAUCUUUGACAUUCGGGAGAUUAGAGACCCAAGUACACCAUCCAGCCUCUCCUCGCUGUGUUUUGCAAACAUCACAGAAGAACACUCGGUGUGGGGCAACUCAGUUGUCUUCUGCCCCCGCCUGGUGCAUGCGAGGAGGAGCCCAGUUCUCUCUUGGUUCGAAAUUGUUUGCUUUCGUUUCCAUGGGUCAUUCACUGACGUGGGGAACCCCACCACCCAAACACCCACACCUCAAGAUCUUUCAGCUCUUGGUGCUGGCUGGCCUUUUUUGCUUCUCCUUAGGCAUCAUCCAGGUAACCAAGACAGUGAAAGAAAUAGCAAUACUGUCCUGUGAUUACAACAUCUCCACCGAUGAACUGAAGAGCGUUCGCGUCUACUGGCAAAAAGAUAACGAAAUGGUGCUGGCUGUCAUUUUCGGAAAAGUACAGGUGUGGCCCAAGUAUGAGAACCGCACCUUCACUGACAUCACCAAUAACCUGUCCAUCGUGAUCCUGGCUCUGCGCCUGUCGGACAAUGGCACGUACACCUGUGUCAUUCAGAAGAAUGACCAAGGGUAUUUCAGACUGGAACACCUGACUUCAGUGAUGUUACUGGUCAGAGCCAACUUUCCUGUCCCUACUAUAACUGACCUUGGAAAUCCAUCUCUUCACAUCAGAAAGAUAAAUUGUUCAACCUCUGGAGGUUUUCCAGAGCCUCACCUUUCCUGGUUGGAAAAUGGAGCAGCAGUAAAUGCCAUCAACACAACAGUUUUCCAAGAUCCUGAAACCGAGCUCUAUACAAUUAGCAGUGAACUGGAUUUCAAUGUGACCAACAACCACAGCUUUGUGUGUCUUGUCAAGUAUGGAGACUUAACAGUGUCACAGACCUUCAAGUGGCAAACACCACGUAAGUGACAUUGUCCUGGGGAGUUUUUACUGUGUAGAAUCCAAAAAGCAAAUAACAGCCAGAUGUAUUUUAGAGUUGUGCAUAU